CGAGUCAUUGCAGUCUUGGGCGCUACAGGAGCGGGAAAGUCGACUUUCAUCCAACGAGCAACCUCAUCUGAUAAGAUUAUCAUCGGAAGCACCUUGAGGUCAUGUGCGUAUAUAUCCGUUUGGCCCGCGAACAUCAAUGGAGUCAAUGUUGCACUAAUUGACACCCCUGGAUUCGACGAUACAGAGCGUUCUGACAGUGAGAUCCUUGAGGAUGUUGCAACAUGGCUAGCAGCGACCUUUGAGCAAGACAUCUUGCUAUCUGGAAUGAUAUUCCUUGAGCCUGUCAAUGCAAAUCGAGUUUCAGGAAGCGAACAAAGACGUAUUCGACUUUUCGAGAAGAUAUGUGGCAAGCAUGCAUUCAGCAAUGUCAUUAUCGCUUCCACAAUGUGGAACACAGUUGCGAUAUGGCCGUCCAGCCGAAGGACUACCCGAAAUCUGAUGAAGGAACGUACGAAUACAGCGGGAUUUUGGGGACAGAUGAUGCUUCAUGGUGCACGGUACGAGGAGCACGCCGACACGAAAGCAUCUGCACUCAAGAUAAUCCGCAUGUUGCUGCAAAGCGAACCAAGGCCCCUGCAGCUUCAAGUUGAGCUGCAGGGUAACGGCUCACGAUUGUGUCUCACCACUGCAGGC